UGUAUAAAAUUAUUAGAUUGGUUCAAAUACAGAGACCACAUGUGCUUGGUAUUCAGGAAAUAUGGGUUAAGUUUGUAUGAUUUUUUAAAAAAAAAUAAAUAUAGGCCACUUCCACUAUCACAAAUUCAAAAGAUCGGUAGACAACUUUUAACUGCAAUAUAUUCAAUGCACAAAUUAUCAUUAGUACAUACAGAUUUGAAACCAGAGAAUAUUUUAUUGGAAAAGACAAACUAUGGCAUACAUCAAGAAAAGAAAGUACCAAUCCAAUUGCAAAUGGAAUCCUUACAAUUUGAUCUAAAUCAAUACUAUCAUUUAAACCAAACUGAUAUAGUCGUAAUAGAUUUCGGUGGCGCAACAUUCGAGAACAAACACCAUACCACUAUAGUUUGUAGUAGACCUUAUAGACCACCUGAAAUUAUUCUUGGAAUGGGUUGGUCAUAUCCAUGCGAUAUUUGGGGUGUCGGUUGCAUUUUAGUAGAGUUAUAUUUAGGUUUCACUUUGUUUGAUACUCAUAAUAAUAGACAACACCUGGCCAUGAUGGAAAAGGUUAUGGGUCCAUUUCCACACUCUAUGUCAAAUAUUUCAAAGAAAUAUUUUGAAAGUGAUGGUAAACUUUCAAAGCCUCAAUCAGAAGAUGAAUUAAAAUCAUUAGAAAGAGUAGAGAAUUUAAAAAGAUUAAAAGAUUAUUUUCAUCCAUGUCACAAAUCAUUUUUUGACCUUUCUUGUAAACUUUUAGAGUAUCAACCAACCAAAAGAAUUUCCGCCAAAGAUGCCCUGUCACACCCAUUUUUUGACUUUAGUAUUCAAAAUGAUUUAUUUGAACCUAUUAUAGGUAUACCAGAAUGUUAA